UCGCAGUCUCAAAUAUUCAGAACACAGCUGGAAAGCUGGAUUCACCCCUCCUGACCUCCUCCUGUCUUCUUUCUUGGAAAGUGUGGCCAGGUGCCUUUUCGAUAUCCACGGUCUUUAGUCAAUGCAUAUUCCUUUAUCAGGUUGCAAUGGCCUGACUGAUUGGCUUCACUGUGACUGUGACUUUCAGCUGCAUUUCGUGGAUUGAACCAACUUUGGGAAGAAGUUGAAACCCAUACAACUAUCAAUAUUUCACGUUCACUCUGAAAACCUGGCUGCUAUGGCUUCAAUCAUGGUGGGCGGUCGUGCUGGCGUGCGUUUCGCUCAAAGCUGCAGGCGAGUGUGGAGUCGCCAGUCCGGAUGUGUUCUAGUUGGCCAGAGACACUGUGUCUCUUGUCCUGGCGUAACACAGCACCCAUCUGCUGAGAACACUUCCCAGAACCGUUCCAGGAGCAAUGCUUUCUAUGGUGCUUUCUUGGGCUGUGCUGCAGCUACUGCGUAUGCGUUUGGUCAGUGGAACAGAAAUGUGCUGGCAGACGAAAGUGAAGAGAAAGGUGCGGAUGACACGGAUGAAGACAAUGGGCCAAAGAGGCCGAAGCGACGCAAGCCGCGUCUCAGCUUUCAUGAUAGGAAUGUAAUGGCGUACGAGGAUCGUAUUCGGUCUUACAGUACACCCGACAAAAUCUUCAGAUACUUUGCGACUCUGAAGACGAAGGAUGAAAAAGGCUUGGAUGUGAUCAUGAUGACGCCGCAGGAUUUCGUGCGUGCAAUCCUUCGCGGCCAAAUUCAACCGGAAGGCUACGGCCUGGAUCAGUUUAAGCGAUUUGACAUGGACCGCUAUCAGCGAUACCUGGCCCGUCAUCAUGAUGAGUCAGAGUCGAACAUCUUCGUGAAAGUGAUGCAGUGCGGCUUGAUCAGCUUCUCCGACUAUCUCUUCCUCAUCACUAUCCUGUCAACGCCGUCAAAGCAUUUCGAGAUCGCAUUCCGCAUGUUUGACCUCAAUGGUGAUGGCGAGCUGCAGCUGUCCGAGUUUGACACAGUGCGUGCGGUGAUCGCUGGCAACUCACCAAUGGGAAUGCGGCAUCGUGACCACUUCGUCACUGGAAACGUCUCCGGUCAGGUUGGCUCUGGCCUGACGUCGUACUUCUUCGGCCAGAACUGCGAUGGGAAGCUGACCUACCAAGAGUUCCAGGCGUUUGUUUCUCAGCUGAAGGAGCAAGUGCUGCGCCUUGAGUUUAACAGCUACAGUCCGUGGGAGGGUAAGAUCUCCGAACUGGAUCUGUGCCACGCCCUUCUCACCUACACUGGCUUCUCGGAGCAGAAACAACGCAAGUUCCGGAAACGAGUCAAGGCAGCCUAUGGUACGUGGAAGGAGGGAAUCAGCUUUGAGCAGUUUCUAGAACUUGCCAAGUUCACGGAGAACGUCGACGACAUGGUGGUUGCCUUCUCUGUACUCACGUCCGCCUCUGUACCUAUUGGACCAGAAGACAUGAAGCUAGCAGGCCGCAUUGUUGCUGGAGUGGAGCUGAGUGAUCAUCUUGUAGAGGUCCUUAUCACUAUGUUUGAUGAGGAUGGCGAUGGAAAGCUGUCUGAGAAGGAGUUUGUGCAGGUGUUGAGGAAGCGCCAGCAUCGAGGCCUCGACUCUCCCAUGGACACCGGAUUCUCUCGUGUGCUUGCUGCCGCGUACAAGUGUAUGUACGAGCAGUUUGUCAUCAAGCGGCAGGCAAACGUUGCUUUGCCUGUUGUCCUUGACCGUGACGUCAAAUUGGUGUGAUUUGCCUCUUGCCUUGUCUUCUUUGUAAUGGUCGGUGCUGACUCUGGAUUGGCCUCACGAUUUGCGUGCUGACUCUGGAUUGGCCUCACGAUAUGCGUGCUGACUCUGGAUUGGCCUCACGAUAUGCAAUGGUUGACUGUAUUAUCUGACUUAGGUUGUGACGGGCUGGACUGCCCUUCUUUUUGGUUUUCUUUCAUUCUGUGUAGUGCUGGUCACUUUCCACCCACUUCUUUUUUUCUCAGCAAGUCUGUAUGCCGAUUUUUAGCUUAUGUAGGAGUGUUGGCGCUACACUACAGUUGCCUUCUUUGCCGUACCAUGCAUGCAUGAUUGCCUCAUUUUUGCAGACUUUGCUUUCCACGCUGUGUAUUGUCGCCGCAAGAUGCGGAUGAUGUCUAUCCAUUCUUGCACGUUGUCUGCUUGUGAUGGGCUUGGCCAGGUUUCCAUUGACCUGCUCAUCUUUGCUGCUGAUGCUCCUCCUGUUGUUUGUGAUUGAUCUGUUCAUGCUAAUUUUUUUUUUGUUUUGGCAUCUUUCCCCCUUUAGUGUUAUAUCUGUCUUUUAUUCUCCCUUGCCAGUAGGUGUGUCUGUAUUCUUGCUGCAGUGCAGUACAUGUCACAUGUACAGUACACUCUACUGUACUUAUUAUUUUAGAACCUCCCAGCAUAGUAUUUUCAAUGGCACUUUGCCAGCCAACUACUAGUAGUACCCGCUUCGUGUACAUGUACUUUGAAUAUUUUAAAAACAUGAACGGAACACAGUGAACAAGUUCUUGCAGGUUUCUUGCCAGUUUUUUAGCAAACGACCUACAUAAUGA